AUGACUUUGCAGAGCAUUCUCGUGGACAUCGAAGGGAAGACGCACGACAUCCUCAUCGGGCCAGAGAAGCCAACGGGCCACGAGACGCUCAAGUACACGAACAACAUCAUCGGACGCUACACCAACCGCGUGCCGACAUCUGAACGCACGAUUUCGAAGGGAGGCAUCCAGACGACCAUCGCACCUCAUCCGCACCCACCUGCGACGCCGCAUAUGGCUGUACAUGUUGGACCAUCGGGCUUUGACCAGCUCGUAUUCGCCCCGACGCCACUGGACGCACUCGCAUCCGCAUCGGGACCUCUAAGCGAGAACAGUCUGCCUGGGGCGCUCUUUACCGCGGCGGAGAUCACCGAGCUCCAGGCGCGCUUCCCGCAAAGCGCUGGCAUGCACUUCCGCGUGAUAUCCCCGGACGGCGAUCAAGGUUACCCAGGUGCUCUGCUGGUCGAAGCUGUCGUUGGGCUUCUACAGCCGCAAGGAAAGCCGGUGCGGGAGUACUCGGCUGGGUCCGUCGUACUCGUGUAUCGCGCGGCGCUCUUGUCGAAGGACGUGGUGACGCCCAUCAACCUUACGCAACACUGGGGCUUCACGCUCGAUGCGUCUCUCGCGGACAAGCACGGUGUCGAAGAACUCAAUGUUAAGAGUCAUCGUUUGACUAUUCAGGCUCCGUAUAUCUGCGAGGUCGAUAGCACGAAGAUGCCUACUGGCAAAUUGAUCUCGACCGAUGGCACGGCGCACGCCCAUAGGAACAAGGUGAUCGGCGACAACUUCCCCUCGCCUGGUGGAUACGAUAACUUCUACGUUUUCGACAAGCGACCAGCCCACUCCAAGCAUUUCAUCCCUCGCGCGGAGUUCAAGCCCGAGUCGAACGUACUCGCCGAUCCUCUCGCGCCGGGUGCGGCAGAUGGCAUCGUCGAGCUUGCGAGCGACAAGUCUGGUAUACAUCUGGUCUUUGGAAGUAAUCAGGGUGGUGUGCAGCUUUACUCGCACAACAUCCCGAAGGAUACUGGUGGAAUGAAGCGCGCACACGGUGGAACUGGAAAGGAGAUUGGCUAUCCGGCGUAUAGUGGCGUGUUCAUCGAGUUCCACGAGCCUCUGGCUUCAUUCGUAUAUCCUGACGCAUACCCGGGCAAGAACGAUACGAUUCUGACGCCGGACGAAAUCUACAACAGCUAUACGCGCAUGGAUGUCCUAUACAAGACUCACACCGGCCUCUGA